AUAGACGUAUCCUACUACGCAUGUCCGGAACGAGAUUGACGUUCGUUUGACAGAGUUAGGCGUUUUCGGUGGAGUAUUCUUUCUCCCUUUUGGUUAAUGUUUGAAAGUCGAAUUGACGGACAGUGACAGACAGACGGACAUAAAUCCAGAGCCGAAGAAGAGGGAAGAAGAAGUGAUGUAACAUGGCAGCAGCUGCUGUCAAGAAGUGUUUACUGACAGCCCUGAGGACAAACAGUCGCUGCCCAAGCCGUGAACCCACCUUUGUAAAGGGAAGGACAGUAAGUCGAUUGUCCUCGGCUGCUCCAGAGAUCCACAUGGGAGCAGACCAAGGAGAAAAAGACAGACACAAAGGCUGGUCGCCUGUGUUAGGGUCGGUGUCUGUGGCUCUCGGACUCUGUGGUGCUGCUGCGCUUCUGGACACGAGACAUAAAAAAGACAUAAGAGUCUCAGUGUCCACACAGCUCCUCGAACUCCUACUACCUUCAGCCCACUGUGCCUCCCCGUUUAAACCAGACAGCCCCCGGUACAAAUACAACUUCAUUGCAGAUGUGGUGGAGAAGUCCGCUCCGGCUGUCGUUUACAUCGAGAUUGUUGGCAGAAAUCCAUUUUCAGGCAGAGAAAUCCCUGUGUCCAAUGGCUCAGGUUUUAUCAUCAGCAGUGAUGGCCUUAUAGUCACCAAUGCUCAUGUGGUGGCUAACAAGAGGGGCGUCAGAGUGAAGCUGACUAAUGGAGAGAUGUUCAACGCCACGGUGCAGGACGUGGAUCCAGUAGCAGACAUCGCCACCAUUAAAAUUAGCGCAAAGAAUCCUUUACCCACUCUUCCUCUCGGUCGCUCAUCUGACGUCCGACAAGGGGAGUUUGUGGUGGCCAUGGGAAGCCCCUUCGCCCUACGCAACACCAUCACAUCAGGAAUUGUCAGCUCAGCACAGAGAGGCAGUAAAGAGCUGGGCCUGUCCAACUCCAACAUGGACUACAUACAGACGGAUGCAGCCAUUGACUUUGGAAAUUCUGGAGGCCCCCUCAUUAACCUGGAUGGUGAAGUCAUUGGUAUAAACACCAUGAAGGUCACUGCGGGAAUCUCCUUUGCUAUUCCUGUGGAUCGUCUGAGAGCUUUCCUGGAUAAUGCAACAAAGAAGGGUUCUAAGUUUGGUGAUUCUGAGACCAAGCGCCGUUACAUUGGUGUGAUGAUGUUGACGCUGACACCAAGCAUCAUCACAGAGUUGAAGUUAAGAGAUCCGUCGUUCCCAGAUGUCACACAUGGCAUCUUAAUCCACAGAGUAAUCAUUGGCUCACCAGCCAACAGAGCUGGAAUGAAACCAGGAGACGUGGUGUUGGAGAUCAAUGGGGUGGAAGUGAACACUGCUGAAGAAAUCUACCAGGCUGUUCAUAACAGCGACAAGAUCACCAUGGUGGUGCAGCGAGGACAGCAGGCGCUUCGGUUACAAAUGACUCCGGAGUACACCGAGUGAACGAGUGAUUUAGGAUACAUCUGUCGGCCAUGUUUUUUUUAAUGUCUGACCGAAAUAAAGUGCUCCUGUGGACAAGCAGAUAAUGUUAUGCUUUGCUAAAGACAGAUGUUAAAAAUGUUGGAGAAAGCAAUCAACUGUGAAUUCAGUAUUAUUAGUGAUUAAAAUGUUUUUAUCUAUUUA